GUGUACGCGACAAACUAUACUUUUCUCUGAUUGGUCAACGUUACGUUAUAUUAUCCCGGCGCCAUGUUGAAUCGCUGGACGUAACAUUCAGGACAUUACGCCGUUGGGAAUUACUGCAUCUCGGGUUCCUCCAUUAAAGCAUACUCUCGGACACUCAUCAGAGGCCGCAACCAAAUUGCUUCACUCUACAUAACGGUUUUAAGAUGGCGGACGCCGAGACGGACAUAUCUGCGCAGGUGCGAACCACAACAUCAGCCACUGCGUCAUGUACGACCUCGUCGCCAAAGUGUACGACUGUUCCCGCCAGUGUCAUUCAGGCCGUCAACAAGUCCAGUGACCUCGUGCCUGCUUUAUUUGCCCUUCCGUGUAACAGUGGAGACACCAAGAAACUCAAGCUUUGCAAGCGGGUUGGAUGGUUACGAGACGGUGUCUUCACAACCGGGUACAUGGAGAUCAACACGAAGGAGGCAAAACAGAAAGGCAUCUUCAAAACACCGCGACGGGUGACCCUGGUCCGGCGAGAGGACAGCGCGUUCCAGUCCACCACGGUAGGCACGAGCACCAAGCCGCCCACCGGCGACCAGUUGAGCUCCGUCAUGCUGAAGCGAAACACCUCCACUACGGCCGUGAUUGAUUUGAAGGGGGAGCUUGUUCCAAACACCAUCCUGGUGGAGAAGGGUAGCCUGGUGUUCGAUGAGGGAACGACGGGCAAGCUGGUCGCGCUCAACAGCCACGAUCCCCCGCCCAUAGUGGGGGCUUCAGACGCAAUUGUUGACAGUGACGACACCCAAAGCAAAGAAGCAGUUAGUGAAGCCUCUCGAAUGGAAGAUCAGAACCUGUGUGGUGAUUCCCUUGAGAGAGACACGGUCGUUCGCAACUGUGAAAACAACAAUACAAGUAAACCCUCGUCAGACUCGCUCAAGCCGGAACGUGGGCAGCUACGUCAGAUUCCGCAAAAGGCGCCCACGGCGUCUGCAGACACUGCUGAGGAUCGGCUGUCUGUCCCAGAAUAUUUCUUGACCGAGGAAGGUGAGGCCUCUCCCGUGGGACGGAGAUCAGCCUCCGAGCCCAACCAAGAUUUCCAGGCCACCCCAGCCGUAAGGGCGCUCAAGCACUUGGUGAACGUUGCCGAUGUAAACCGCAAAGCGCGUUAUUCUAAGAAUGGUGAACCGUCAGCAGGAACUGAGCAGCAGGUGCAUACAAAGUCCCAUAUUACCUGUAACUCAAAUGGACCUGUUCUCAGAUCGUUAAGAGCAAGCCUGAGUAGCGAGAAGUCACCAGCAUCAUCAAGCAUCAAACUUCGAGAUGCCCAACCGUCCAAGCGCCGCUCCCUGAAUGAAACUGUUGAUUUUCUCUUCAAGGAACUUAAAAUUGCCAACACCGGAAAGCUGAACCCGACAUGCAGCGUCAUCAAGCUGGAUAUUGACUUCUCUUCCAAAGAUGCUGUCGAGGAGGCGGUCAGGCAGUCGACCGCCAAGACGUCGGUGGUAACAACCCCAUGUGUCCCGAAAGAACACCUCAACCUGUUAGACAAACGAACGCAGUUGCAAACACCACCGUCCAGAAAUACUGUCGCCACAAACAGUUCAUCCUCUUCAUCGUUUGAUAGUGCCGAAAGAACGUUGCAACCCCCCACCAAGACCUGUGAAGCUGUUAGUGACCACUCAGUUGUUUUAGUGUCAUCAGAAGGAGCCACAGCUCUCUACCAAGCACCUGCAAAAACUGUGCAUCCCUCUGGACCGUCAGUAAGCAGUAUACGUGAUCUUGCGACAAUAUCUACAGGUGACAAACCACCCAGUCAACAUUUUCCCAGUUCUAGUGAAAAUACACGAGAGACUUGUUUGAACAUAGACAGUGUUUCGGUCAGUAAAAGCGCUCAGCGUCAAACGGAGGAGCAGAAUCCACUUCAGACCCCGUCUCAAGCAAAACAAGUCUCCACGGUGGACCAUAUCACCGUACCAAACGGGAGCCCAACUGCGCCCACGAGUUGUGCCUCGUCCGAAUUGACUCGUAGAACAGGCCCCCGUAGUCCCAGCUCUGAAGUCGGGUCUGAGAACCAUUCAUCUGAAACUCCAACGCAAGCUGCACCAGCCUCCGAAUCACCAGCUAACGUACCGCAGACGCCAGUGAACGUGGCUGUGGAAAGCACAAUUCCUACCGAUCUCGACAACGGAAGCCCGUUCAAGAACUCUUUAGACGGGUUCCCCACUUUACAGAUCGGUUCAGUUUACAGCUUGUCAGAGAAGGAGGCAAAAGAACUUUUCCCUGAUCCCAAGCCUUCACAACCCAACAAAUCUGUUCUGUCGACCCAAGAAGCAGAUGAUCGCGAUACCGGUAUACCAUCAACGAAUUUCGGAGUAACCGGCAAGGAGGAAUUCACGGAUGCCUCGCAUUUACAAGGCAUUAACCUUGGCAGUCAAAUCCAACCAACCAAGACGGCGUCAUUUUCAAAUCAAAAUGUAUCAACCUUUCCCUUUGUCAGCAAUCCAAACGUCAAACUGUACAACAUCACACCCUCAAAAGCGUCGUCGAACAAGAAAACCAUCUGUACCCCAGUUACUGCUGUAGUGCCGAGCCCUCCAGCAAACGUGUUACCGACCAACAUUGUAGUCUCUGUGCCCGCGGCCCCCGGCUUGAUAAAUGUGCAGCAGCCAGUUUACCGUGCCGCUGGGCAACUGUACAAGCUGGUUCCAUCCACCCAGGCAGCGGCUGUCCCAAACCAAUCCCAGCUGGUCUCGCUCGUUCCCGUUCAUAUUGGAGCACUUCAAAGAACCACCGUCAGUACUUCGCCCUCGGUUCCCGUCCCAACAUCCAGCAUAGCCCAGGUGGUUUCCUCUGCCCCUGCACAAUUUCCCAUAAGACCUUCUACGAGCGCUGCCACAUUGCCUUUGAAAAGGCCGAAUCCUGCUGUCUUGAACCUUCCGAUUGUUGCUCAAAGUUGUUCAGGUGACAAGCGGAUUGUGAUAACCAGGGUGAGGAAGGAGGCUUCACACCGGCCCCAAUCCACACCAACAAAUCACGUGUCUGGGGCCGAUGGAGUAAGCAAAGUCGCUCCCUUGUCGUCUGGCAUCGUUACUCCGGGGUCAGGUCGAACAAUCUCGUCCCCUGGGUUGGCUACAAGUCCACUCACCCCGAAGAUUGUAGCGAGUUCUGCCGAUAGUGUCACAGCGAAGAAAACUAUAGUAACCAGAAAGGACACCGUCGUUCCCAUAGCAAAAGCCGUAACGACUAAACACUCAGAAUCUGGUUUGGAACUGAAGUCUCCGCAGCGUGGAUUCAGCCCGGGGAUUGAUGCUCCCAGGAAAACAUUCCUGAUCACAACCUCAAACGGAGAGAAGAGGUUGGUGAGCCUUCCGGCUAAUGCAGAUGCUGCUACUGUACUAUCGAAAAUGGCCAGCAACAAGGCGUACCAGUUCGUGCUCCCACAAAAGGCCACUGUCAAAAAGGCAGACGGUGAGAAAGGCAGUUGCGAGGAACUAAAGAGUAGCGAGUCGACAGUGAUCCAAAGCCCAAAGAAACCUGAGAAGUCUCCGGAUAAGCCUGCGCAUAAACCUGCGCACAAAAUAAAGAAAAAACAGCCCAUUCUAAAAAUUAAAUUUUCGAAGGAACCGGAGGUGGACCCGGACGUCCGGAGAAGUACCCGGGAGAAAAAAAUAAAGCGCCCCUACUCGCCACCACGAGAAGCCCCCAGGAGAGCAAAGGUUUCUCGCCCCGAAACUCCAUCAGUGACUGAUGACGAGGCCAACCAAUCGCUGGAUGUCCAGGACACUGACGGCAGCCCGUUGCCGUUUAUCAAAACCGAGCCCGGUAGUCCCGAUCCAGAGCCGACAUAUUGGGACGACGUGACGGCUGAGGAAGAUAGCCUGCCACCUCAGCUGCCAUGCCCGCCUUCUUACUUUGAUCGACAGGACAGGGUGAAGCGAUUGAAGGCAUUGAUGAAGGAGAAGGAGAAGGCCCUAGAGGAGAUGCUGGAAAGACGAAAACAAGAGCUGGAGGAAAGGCUAGCAGAUCCGGAGCUUGCUGACCUAUAAAAUGCUGUCAUUUGAAGCUGCAGUUGUAUUUUUGUUAACUAGUGUUCAUUUACGAAGUAUUCUCUUCUCAAAGUUUUAAAACAAUGCUGGCGUUCUUCACGGAAUGGUCAUGUUUCGCUCUUAAAAUUGAAGCUGGCAGAAUGACAAACGGUCAUUUUUUGCUUUAAAGGUUGGAUAUCAAAAUAAGACUUACAUAAACCCUCCUUUCGUUUUGAGCUUGUUUUUUGUAAUACAUCAAAUACAGAAACAAAUAGUUAGAACACAGCAGGGUGUAAAGAGUUUGUGCACAUUAUACUUACUAUAGAUGCUAGCGGCAAAAGAAUAUUUCUUGUGAGGCUCGAAAUCUAAUGAAAAGAAAUUACACGUACAUGUAUGUUCAACUGAUUUAGGAGGAGUCUUGUAUAGUAUCAACUUUACCAAUUACAGUUCAAAGUUAGAGCUGCAAGGUAACACUCGCAUUCAUGGAUAGCGUGUGAUUGCUUUGUAAUUUUUCCCUUAUGUUUUACGUUUUCUUUCCUGUUUUCUGAUUAUAAUCCUCUGUCGCACUGUACUGAAAGUGUGACCUUAUUUAUACUUUAAUGUAACUGUCAAUAUUUAUAUCUACAUCUAGAUCUUCAGUUUAAAACGAAUAUCUCGACGCCAGUGAUAGUUUACGGUCUCGGAAAGGGAGCUGCUUUAUUUUGACGCCUUUUACUGUAAGAUUUUCUUUCCUUAACUUUUGUUGUUUUUAUAAACAACAAUGAAGCGUUCUUCAACUAUUGCCUCUGUGGGAAAAUACCCCCUUGAUGGUUCACAUUGAUAGAGAAUGGUAUGGAGAGACCACUGAGCGCCAUUUUGCCCUUUGCACCUUGCUGCACGCAGUUGAGAUGAGCAGUAGGCAGCACAGGUGAACCAGCGAAGUGCCUUUGUAUAAUGGUUGUCCAGUUCCACAGCGCUCUCUACUUUCAGCGCGAAGCCCGCACAGAAGGUUUGCAUAGCUGCCAUCUUGUAGGCCAGAGCAUUUGUUCCACGGGGUAUGCACAAAGGAGGCUUCCCUGUGAAACAAAAGAACUGCCCUACAAAGUGGUCGCCACGCAAAGCGUCUAUUGGUCUAUCUACAGUAUGUUAAAAGCUAGCGUGAAAAAAAUGCCAUAUUGAUCAGAGUCGAUAGAGUUAAAUGACAAGAAGCAUUAUAGGUGUUUGAAGUAGUGGCGUAUCCGGGGGCAGCCCCCAAACAUGUUGCUUUUUUGUUUGUUUUUCUUUGCUUUAGUGUUACGAAUUGGAAGCACCAGCAUUUUAAAAUGUUACUACCACCUGAUGUGGGAUGAUAGGAUUCUCUACGGGAGAAAAAAAUUGGAUAGUCAGUUUCGGAAAAAAAUCCAUUUAACGCCCCCCACCUUGAUACGCCACAGACCUGAAGAAAAGAAAAAUUGCAGAAAGCGGCCAUCUUGUUUUGUGUUUCAUGUUUUUAUUGCGUAUACCUCUGUGUAACAAAAACAGAUGAAGGCCUACGGGUACGUCCAUUUAAAAGAUCCGUGUUUUAAUGGUAAUAACAAGACCAUGGAAUACUCAGAGAGCUGUAUGACCUGGGCCAAGUUACGCAGAUGGAGGAAAAAAAUCUGAAUUGAUCGGAUAUUCAAUUUAGGUGUCAUUUGGAGUAUCGAAAUAAAGUACUACACAAAUGUUUC